GGUUGUAAAACCAUUUUCAACCUUACUUUUUUCUUUUUUCGUUGUAAUAAUGUUAUCUAAUGCAUUUGGCGGAGUACAAUUAAAGGGUUUCGGUGAAAAUAAAACGAACUAUAAAUAAAUCGAUCAAUCAACAAAAAGGAGUACAGCAAGUCACCAUGGCAACGAUGUUUUGUUGUCAAUGACAACCGAAGUAGUAUUUGAACCUUCAGCUUUAAUUGUAGCUUGUGUGCUAGUUAGCUUGGUUCAUUUGCAUUAAGCAACUCCCAGACAAAAUAAAUCUUACACUUCACGUCGUUGUGUGUAGUCGUGAAACAAUGGACUCGAAUUCGCUGUACUAUUCUCUGGACCUCGUUGCCAGCAGUGGACGUGUUUUAACAGUCGAGCAGAGAACCGCUCUUCAUACGUCUCUGCUGAUCCUGAAGAAAAACUACAAGUUCCAGCGGGUCAUGUUCUGGGGCAAAAUACUGGGAAUAAAGCGGGACUACUUCAUUGCUCAAGGGAGAGGUGAAGAUGAGAUAAAAGAUCAAAAGUAUCUGUAUAGCCUCAACUGCAUAGACUGGCUUCUUCUUCCUUUUACCACCGAGUCUAUGAUUGAAGAAGUGUCCAAAGCUGCUAAGGGUCAUUUCAUAGGAGACCCCUCUUUUGUGUAUGAACAAAAAAUCCAGGGAGAUAGAGAGGAGACUGCAGAGGAGAAUAAGAUGACCACGGUGAACGAGGAGAAGCGGCUGGCAGUGACUGUUAAGCACAUCGAUGAAGACGUGUCUGUGGUACCCCGAGGUGCCUUUAUCAGGAGUCCACUUGGCCUUGUCCAGAUUAACCGCAGUUUCAAUGGUCUUUCUGAAUCAGAGGCAAGGAAGCUUGAAAAUUUUCUGCACUUCCGUGAACAGAAGAAUGGAAACAACAAAUCCAUCGAAGAGAUGGGUGAAUGGAGCCCAGCCAUCGACUUCCUGGAUGUCCUUAGUGACGAAGUUCCUGCAGGAUCGUGGAGUCUUCAGUUUGAGUGCGCCAGCAGAGUGUGCGUGCUGCGCAGCCUCCUGUGGCUUGGACUCACUUUCUACCAUGUGCCAAUGACGUCACAGCAUGGAUACGUCUACAUCGGCAAUGGGCUGAAAAACCUCGACCUUCCUUUCAUGCUGUAAAAGAAACGUGGUGUUUCAUUGUGCUGCAUUUUAUUUCUGAAUUGCGAGUUUCUAAUUUCUUUGCCUUAAAAGUAACUAAAAUCAGUUAACAGUGA